AUGGACGCGAAGAAGGGUGCUCGGGCCGCCGCCGCGGCGGUGCGCGCGCCGUUUGUGGUGCUCGUGAGCGUCGUGGGCCUCGUCGCGCUGCUGCACGCGGCGGGCCUCGCGCUGUUUACGAGCGGGUUUUUGCUGCAGCGCGUCGAGCUCGCGCCGCACGCGUCGUGUGCGCCGAAAGAGUGGCACCUGCCGGUGCCGCCGCACGGCGCGGCAGAGGGCGAGGCGCAUGCGCUCGACGCCUGGGACGCGGUGCUGGCCGAGGGCGAGUGCACGCUCCCCCCCCGCUUUCGCAAGGCGGUCGUGUGGAUUAUCGAUGCGCUGCGCUACGACAUGCUGGCGCCGGUCAACGCGAGCGAGGCGGAUCCCUACCUGCACAACCACCUCACCGCGCCGCGCGAGGCGACGGACACGCGCCGCGCGUUCCUCGCGCACUUUCUUGCGGACGCGCCGACGACGACGCUGCAGCGCCUCAAAGGGCUCACCACCGGCUCGCUGCCGACCUUUAUCGAGGCCGGCGCCAACUUUGGCGGCGCAGGCAAGGUCGAGGAGGACAACUGGAUCAGCCAGUUUCGCCAGCGCAUGCUCGCAGAGCGCGGCCUGGAGCUGAAUGCGACGUCCGGAGCGGGCCUCGCAUUCGUCGGCGACGAUACGUGGGACAUGGUCUUUUCUUCGCUCUUUGACGAGGGCCGUGCGUGGCCCUACUCCUCGUUCAACGUCGAGGACCUCGACACGGUCGACGCGGGCGUGGAGACGCACAUGCUCGAGGAGAUGCAGCGCUCCGACGCGUCCCUCACCAUUGCCCACUCGCUCGGCGUGGACCACGUCGGCCACCGCUUCGGCGCCGCGCACCCCCGCAUGGUGCCGAAGCUGCAGCAGAUGGACGCACUCGUGCGCAGGGUUAUGGACCGCCUGGACGACGACACGCUCUUUUUGCUCCUCGGCGACCACGGCAUGGACGCCACGGGCGACCACGGCGGCGACUCGGAGCUCGAGGUGGGUGCGGGCCUCUUUGCCUACGCCAAGCGGCCAUGGGACGGCGGCGCGACCGGCGACGAGGACGUGCGUGCGGUACUCGGCGCUGACGCAUUCCAGCCCUUCUCGCCGCUCGCUGGCACGCACCGCUCCGUGCCGCAGAUCGAUCUCGUGCCGACGCUCGCGCUGCUCCUCGGCGUCCCGAUCCCGUUCAACAACCUGGGCACGGUGAUUCCGGAAGUGUUUGCCUCGCGUUCGAGCCCGCUCGGCAAGCCAAACGCACGCCUGCUGCGUGCGCUGCGCAUCAACGCACGCCAGGUGCACACCUACCUCGACGCGUACGCACAGCACUCGGCGGACCUGCAGCCGUUCCGCGCAGAGCUCGACACGCUCUGGAAGGACGCGCUCCAGAAGGACGCACAGUACGCGCUUCUCGGGCAGUCGUGGCGGGGCGAUGCCAAAGAGGCUGGCCGCGCAGCCGCGCAGGCCUACGCGGCGUACACGCGCCGCGCCGUGCAGCACGCACGCAGCGUCUGGGCGCAGUUUGCGGAUAGCAAGAUUGUCGCCGGCCUCGUCGUGCUCUUGGGCGCGGUCCUGUGCACCGCGUGGCUCUGGCAUGCGUCGGCGCACGGCGCAGAGCUCAGCAUGGCCGAGCUCGGUGCGUACCUCUAUCCGUACGUCGCCACGAGCGCGGCGAUCGGCGUGGGUCUCGCGCUGGCGCUGUCGCUCGCCAAGACCCUCGUUCCCGUACCGUUUACGCGCCUCGAGCUGGGUCUGCUGUGCCCCGCUUUGCUGGUCGAAGGCGGGAUCUUGCUUUCGGCAUGGCGUCGCACCGCGCCGCGCAUCGCGUCGGCCACGCCGUACGCCACGGCCGCCGGCGUGCUGAUCCUCGGAGUGCACGCCGCGUCGUUUGCAAGUAACUCGUUCACCAUGUGGGAGGACCGCAUCACGCUCGCGCUCCUCGCUGCCGUCCUGCUGGCGCGUGCGGCGCUCGGGUACGGCGCGCCCACGACGCGGCUCCAGCAGCAAAUGCCGCUGCUGGCGCUCGGCACACUCGUCCUCCUCCGCGUUGCGGCCAUGAGCCGCGUGUGCCGCGAAGAGCAGGCGCCGUACUGUACGCCGUCGUUCUACGCGCGCAAUGUGCGCCCGGACGGCAAAUUUGCAGACAAUCCCGCGUACGCAUACGCGGGCCCUGCGACGAACAACCCCUGGAUGAGCGCCGUUGCGUACGCCAUCGCGUUCAUCAUCCCCGACGCCUUGCGCCGCAUCCUCAGCGCAAGCCAGGCGCAGCACAGCACCGCGCAGACGAUGUUUACGUGGAUCGUGCGCCCGUCGCUCCUGAUCGGCGCGGCGUUCUGGCUCGCAGACUGGGCGCACGGCCUCGACACGCUCGACGAAGGCGCACGCGCCGGCCUGCUCGAGCUGAAGCGGUGGGCGGGUCUGGCGGACCUCGUGCUGGUCGGCAUCAUCGGCAUUGCCUACUGGAUCCUCGCGCCGUUGCCGCUGCUCGUGCGCCGCGACGGCGAGCGCGCGGCCAUCCUCGGCUUUGCAAACUCGAUGGGCAGCAUGUUUUUGCUGCUCGAGGCGGUUAUCUUUGCGCUGCUCUUUUUGCUCGCGCAGCCGAUGGGCCAGCUCGCGCUCGCACUGUGCUUCCUCGGCCUCGUGAUCCUCGCGGAGCUCGGCGACAAUGAGCGCGACGUCCAGGUCGUGCGUGCGGCUCUCGUGCGCGAAGCCGCUCAGGACAAGAACACGGUGCCGCAGCCCGCGCUGCCAACGCUCCUCGAGUCGGUGUCGAUCGCACUGCUUGGCUACGUCGCGUUCUUUGCCACCGGGCAUCAGGCGACGUUCUCCGCGAUCCAGUGGCGCGUCGCGUUUGUCGGCUUCACGACCGUGACCUACCCCUGGUCGCCGCUGUUUGUCGUGCUGAACGCGUUUGGGCCGCUGAGCAUUUUGCCGGCCUUUGGCGCAGUCCUGCUUGUGCUGUGGAACGUCGCGCCCCACCGGCCCCGCCCGGAUACGCCGCCGCCGCCGCCGAUGCACACGGCCGCCGCGCUGCUGCGCACCGCGACGGGGUUCCUGCUCUACCACGCGGUCCUGGCGCUGAGCGCCGCACUAUUUGCAUGCUACUUCCGCCGGCACCUCAUGCUCUUCAAGAUCUGGGUGCCGCGCUUUAUGACGGGCGCGCUCGCGCUCCUUCUCGCGGACGUCGCCAUGCUCCUCGCGCUCGUCGCGGCGUGGCGCGUCGCACACAAGGUCCAUAGCGUCUUUGCCACGCGCUUUACGUAA